AGAAUCUUCCGGCGUCUUUCCGGUGGUGGUCGUUUUUGCUGCCUGCGAGCGCGUCCGCGGGCUGGGCGUUUCCGGCUCGCUGGGUCCGGGCCAGGUAACUGGAGACGGAAACCGGUGGAGGUGGUGUCCGCCCGCAGAGGAGCUUGCCUGGUCUCGGUCUGAGCGUCGCCCAGCGAUUUGCCACCGCACGCACGCCGGAUCCCGGGCUUUGCCGCCCGCCUCUCCAGGCCCCGCCCCGCCCAAAGUCCCAUGGCCGAGGCAGCGCUAGUGAAUACGCCGCAGAUUCCCAUGGUAACAGAAGAGUUUGUGAAACCAUCACAGGUAAGUGGAAGAAGUCCCAGGUCUUCACUGGCCCUGUUCCCUAAAGCCAUGGUUGUGGCCCACAGAUGCAGGGCCAUGUGACCUUUGAGGAUAUUGCUGUGUACUUCUCCCAGGAGGAGUGGGGCCUCCUUGAUGAAGCUCAAAGGUGCCUGUAUCAUGAUGUGAUGCUGGAGAACUUUUCGCUUAUGGCCUCAGUAGGUUGUUUGCAUGGAAUAGAGGCUGAGGAGGCCCCUUCUGAGCAGACUGUUUCUGCGCAAGGAGUGUCACAGGCCAGGACUCCAAAGCUAGGUCCUUCCAUCCCAAAUGCUCAUUCUUGUGAGAUGUGUAUCCUGGUCAUGAAAGACAUUUUGUACCUCACUGAGCAUCAGGGGACACUUCCCUGGCAGAAACCUUAUACUUCUGUGGCCAGUGGGAAAUGGUUUUCAUUUGGUUCUAACCUGCAACAGCACCAGAACCAGGACAGUGGAGAGAAACACAUCAGAAAGGAGGAGAGCAGUGCCUUGCUUCUGAAUAGCUGCAAAAUUCCUCUGUCAGACAAUCUUUUCCCAUGCAAAGAUGUUGAGAAGGAUUUUCCAACCAUCCUGGGCCUUCUCCAACACCAGACCACCCACAGCAGAGAAGAGUAUGCACAUAGAAGCAGGGAGACCUUUCAACAAAGACGUUACAAAUGUGAGCAAGUUUUCAAUGAGAAAGUUCAUGUUAUUGAGCAUCAGAGAGUCCACACUGGAGAAAAACCUUGUAAGCGUAGGGAAUAUGGGAAAUCCUUGAACUCUAAAUACUUAUUUGUUGAACACCAGAGAACCCAUAAUGCAGAAAAGCCUUAUGUGUGCAAUAUAUGUGGGAAAUCAUUCCUCCAUAAACAAACACUUGUUGGGCACCAGCAGAGAAUUCACACUAGAGAAAGGUCUUAUGUGUGCAUCGAAUGUGGGAAAUCCUUGAGCUCCAAAUACUCACUUGUGGAACACCAGAGAACCCAUAAUGGAGAAAAGCCUUAUGUGUGCAAUGUAUGUGGGAAAUCAUUCCGCCACAAACAAACAUUUGUUGGCCAUCAGCAGAGAAUCCACACUGGAGAGAGGCCUUAUGUAUGUAUGGAAUGUGGGAAAUCUUUUAUUCAUUCCUAUGACCGCAUUCGACACCAGAGAGUUCACACUGGAGAAAGGGCUUAUCAGUGCAGUGAAUGUGGGAAAUCCUUCAUAUACAAACAGUCACUUCUUGAUCACCAUAGAAUCCACACGGGAGAAAGGCCUUAUGAGUGCAAAGAAUGUGGGAAGGCCUUCAUUCACAAAAAAAGACUUCUUGAGCACCAGAGAAUUCAUACUGGAGAAAAGCCUUAUGUGUGCAUCAUAUGUGGGAAAUCAUUUAUCCGCUCGUCUGACUACAUGCGACACCAGAGAAUUCACACUGGAGAAAGGGCUUAUGAAUGCAGUGACUGUGGGAAAGCCUUCAUCUCCAAACAAACACUUCUUAAGCAUCACAAAAUCCACACUAGAGAAAGGCCUUAUGAAUGCAGUGAAUGUGGAAAAGGCUUCUACCUUGAGGUUAAACUUCUUCAGCACCAAAGAAUCCAUACUAGAGAACAACUUUGUGAGUGCAAUGAAUGUGGAAAAGUCUUCAGCCACCAAAAAAGACUUCUUGAGCACCAGAAAGUUCACACUGGCGAAAAGCCCUGUGAGUGCAGUGAAUGUGGGAAAUGCUUUAGACACCGCACCAGCCUCAUUCAACACCAGAAAGUUCACAGUGGAGAGAGGCCUUAUAACUGCACUGCAUGUGAGAAGGCCUUUAUCUAUAAAAACAAACUUGUUGAGCAUCAGCGAAUCCACACCGGAGAAAAGCCGUAUGAAUGUGGUAAAUGUGGGAAAGCCUUCAACAAAAGAUAUUCCCUUGUCAGGCACCAGAAGGUACAUAUAACAGAAGAGCCCUAGCAAUUGUUGGGAUGUGUAAUUGUCUUAUUCACUGUAGGACACCAGAGAGCUGAUUUUUCAAGGGAUCCAACAGACAGAAAUUCACCCUCAUACAUCUGCAUAUCAGUAGUUGAAAGAUUCACUACAAGGUCCAAGUACUUGGGAAGCUUUCUAGAGAUUACUUGUACUUUCUAAUCUGCCCAGUGUUACAGCAGACACUACCAUGUGGCAUAUCCUCACAGUUUUCAUCAGUCACUCACAUGUGCUCAAGGAAUGCAGACCACUGUGCUCACCAAAUUCUGAAGGGAAUAAUAUAAUAAAAGCCUGUUGAGGGUCCUCUUCCAUCUUGCUGAACUGUUCGAGGCAAAGACAAAACCCAACUUUGACCAAGAAGAGCAAUCUGGAUUCUUGUAGCCCAUGGAGGUUUACCUUCUUCAUAGGUUUUUUUUUUUAUGUGAUUGCCAUAGUGGGAUAUUCCCUCUCCCACAUUACCCAAGAGGGAAAUGGGCUGUCUUACCAUGUGCUGAUGUAUGUGCUCUGCCAGUGUGAAGGGUGAACAGCUCCAACUUUAUGUCCCCCAGGGACAUAGUAUGAGAUCAGAAAAUAGUUCUUAGUCCUGUUUGUCUUAAUUUUUAUUGGUUUCCAAGGUCUCCUAGGAAGGAGAGCAGAGCUGUGUGGUCCUAAUCAUGGUGUCGAUGCCAGAUUUAUUUGUAGGUCCAGAGGUCUCCCUGAGAAGAGGCAUUUGUGACAAACUCAAGUGCUGGGACCUGCAUGAAUUGUUUAUUUGCAGUGAUGCUUCAUAUUUCCUAGCACUGUUCAUGGUAUCUUAUUUCCCAGGUCCUUCAUUGUAGCCAUGGGCACUGAAGGACUGAAUUGGUAGGUAGGUCACUGGUUGUAAGACCUACUGGGGCCAGGUAAGAACAGUAAUUGGCCCAGACAGGUAGGUGUGAUAAACAGAGUAGAAAAGAUUGUAGCCAAGAAGAGUGAAUGUGUCCCAUCCAAAGGUGCAUCCAGAUAUGUCUGUGUUACUAUGGCUUCAUGGUUUGGGGGUAUAUAGAAAUUCUCAGGACCUCAGACCUUUGAUUCUCCUUUAGCAACACACAUCGUCAGCAUAAGGCAUCUAAAGAUUUUGUGGACUCUCAUAACUUAUGUACUGUUUUUGAGAUGAUUGCUGCACAGGCAGGAAAGCAGGAUUUGAGAGAACAUACACCUUGCCUUCCAGAUAUGUGGUUUUUGUGAUUCACCCAGAUCUGUUGUGCCAGUUAGGAAUUAUCUUUAUUACUUCCUGUUUAUUGCCACUGCUGAGAAGGCUGUCCUUCCUAACUUGUGAGGAGAUGAAUCCUUAAUAAUAAGUAAAUCUUGUGUUAUCCUAUAGUCUGGUUUUCCAAAAGGAGAGGUAGAUGCAUAUUUUUGUGUGGAACCAUUUAUCUUAAAACAUUGAGGUGCAGUUUUCAUACACAAAACCUUCUAUCUUUUUAAGAAUUGUCUGUAUGGUUUAUUGCCCAGUUAAUGGGUUUUGAUAGUCAUGUUAUCUCAGUAAGUGUCUUGUCUUAGAAAUCAUGUGUGUAUAGGCUGGGUGCGGUGGCUCAUGCCUGUAAUCCCAGCACUUUGGGAGGCCAAGGCAGGUGGAUCACCUGAGGUCAGGAGUUCGAGACCAGCCUGACCAACAUGGUGAAAUCCAGUCUCUACUUAAAAUACAAAAAUUAGCCAGGCGUGGUGGCGUGCAUUUGUAAUCCCAGCUACACAGGAGGCUGAGGCAGGAGAAUCGCUUGAACCUGGGAGGCGGAGGUUGCAAUGAGCCAAGGUCGCGCCAGUGCACUCCAGCUUGGACGACAGAGUGACACUUCUCAAAAAACAAAAACAAAAACAAAAAGAACAGAUAAGAAAUACGUGUGUAUAUAUUCUAUUUUGUGUGUUUUCAUUCACCUUAUUUCAUUCAGUCUUUCAAAUGAAAUGUUCUUAAUUUUGA